AUGAAUUAUAUAAGCUAUGUUUCAAAGAUUAUUGUGAUAUUCAUUCAACCAAAUAGAAAAACAUGGUAUGAUAACAACUUAAAAGAAAAUAGAACCAUCAGUUUUAACCAAGAUAAUGUUGUAAAUACAAGGUCCUAUAAUAGAAAACAAGGUCCCCACUAUUAUAACCAGGUGCCAAAAAACUUUUGGAAACUAUCAUGCUUUCAGAAACAAUUCCAAACCAUUGUUGCUGGUGCAGGAAGUUUCUCUCGUAACUCACCUGGUGCUCCAACUUCCUACACCACCAAAAGAAUCGCCAAUUUAGUUGAUUUAACAAUUGAUGAACGUCUUACCUCAAAGAUGUCCAAGUUUAACCAACUAAUUAUAAAGUGA